GUAUACAAAAACAUAACUUACCAUGGCAUGUUCAAUACAUUUGCCAUGAUUUUUUCUCUGAAAUGCCAUCGUGAAAGAAACAUUUUUUUUGCCAUGUGUCUAAUACAAAAAUGAUCCUAGAAGCUAUCAUGUUUUAGAAACCCAAAAAUCCUUGAAACUUGACAUGUGAACAUUACAAAAAAUGUGUAAUUUGGCCAUGAUAUAUAAACUUGCCAUGCGCGGCGUUGGAAAAUUCAUAAAAUUGUUAUGUGGACGUUAUGCAAAUUUAUAAUUUUGCCAUGUUUGAAAAAAAAAUGUUAUGAUCUGCCAUGACAAUUAACUAUAUGUGGGCCGCUUCCCUAAAAGAAACUAUAUGUGGGCUGCAGCAUCUCCUAGUCCUGGUCUUUAGACUCUAAAAAACCUAGCCGGCCUCCUCUAAAAAAAUGCUAUUCUGUUGUUUCCAGGCUCCAUCCUCCAUUUCUUUCCCUCGAAAAAAAGGCUCCCUCCUCCACGAGACACGGAGGCACCACCGGCCGCCGCCGCCAUCUCCGCCCACCUCGACCAUCUCCGCCCACCUCGACCAUCUCCUGCGGCAGCUCGCUCCUCCUCCCUCCCCACCGGCGGCGACGGCAUGGACUGCCCCAAGCGGAGCGCGAGCGCCGUCCUCCCCGAAGACUCCUUGGUGGAGAUCCUCGCGCGCGUCCCCGCCAGGUCCGUCUACCGCUCCAAGUGCGUCGCGAAGGCCUGGCGCGACCUCAUCGAAGACCCCCUCCUCCGCAAGAAGCUCCCCCAAACCCUACAAGGCUUCUUCUUCAUUGACAAGGAGACCCACAGGCAGCGUGUCCGCUUCACAAAUCUGCUUGAUAGAUCCGGGCCUCUCCAGAUCGACCAUAACCUCGCCUUCCUGAAGGAAUCGCCCGGGAUUGGGACUCUCGACUUCUCCGAUUCCUGUAACGGGCUCCUCCUCUUCGAGCACAAACUGAAGGCAUGGCCAUAUGACCUAUUGGGCUAUGUAGUGUGCAACCCCACCACGAAGCAAUGGGCGGAGGUGCCAAGAGACGGCCCUCCGCUUCCGUUGUAUCUUCGGCACCCCAAAAGAUACAACUAUUUGGUUUUUGAUCCGUCCGUCUCCUCUCACUUCCACCUGGUCCAGUUCACGUGGGAGUUUGUGCGCUUGGUGAAGUUUGAGGAGGAGUUAGUGGUUGGUCAUGAUGAUGAUGAUGAGGAGGAGGAGGAGGGCGAUGAGGAGGAGGAGUUGUCCCGGACGUCAGUGCACGUCUACUCCUCUGAGACUGGCAAGUGGACUCACACGCAAAGUGACUGGAGUCAAAUCCAAAGUGGCUGGAACAAGCAUGAUUUGGAAGGAUGGCGUCUUCAGGGCUUAAUACCUGAGAGCUUCUGCUGUGCUGUUCUCAACAGCAUGCUGCAUUUCAUAAUUUCGGAUGAAGGUCAGAUUGCUGCUGUUGACAUGCAAGGUGUGACAAGAAAGAUCAUCCCAGUGCCGACGAUGGCCGAGAGGCUCCACUGGCUGGAGCCUGGUUAUGUUGCCCAAUCCCAAGGGCGCCUGCACUACAUCAGUCAAGCAGUUGAUGGUCGACUGUCCAUCUGGGUUCUGGAGGGCUAUGAUACACAAGAAUGGGUCUUGAAGCAUAGUGUGAGCUUUACGGAGCUGUUUAGAGAAAAGAGACGCACAGGCGACACAAAAGACUACAGUGUGGUUGCCAUGCAUCCAGAUGGAAAUGUGGUUUUCAUUGUUCAAGAUUGGAACCGAAAGCUGAUAUCAUAUCACAUGGACAAUAAGCUAGUGAGUAUUAUGGGGACAUUAAAAAAUGAUGCUUCAGAUGUGCAUGUUGUACCUUAUGUUCCCUGUUUCUCCGAGUCACCGGCACUUGAAAACAAGCACUGAAUGUGCUGCGUCCAUCUAGCAGAAGGUAGCAACUUGGUUAGAUCUAGUAGAAUUAAGUGAUAUAUUAUGCCCAUGGUUGGACUUGGAUGUAUCCUUCUCAUUCUUUUGGUCUAAGUAAUAGUGCAAGGCAGUUGAGACAUUCUUGUCAGGUAGUUUCAUGUAUGCUGGAUUAUUAAAUGAUGUUGCCCAAGUUGCAUAUAAUUUCAAAGUUAAGUGUUAAUGCUUCAAA